UUGCCAAACGUGAGUGAAUCAACAGAAUUCAUAAAACCGGGAGAAGAAAUACUUAAAAAAUGACGUCCCAUUAUGAUCGUGCAAUUACAGUUUUUUCACCAGACGGUCAUCUUUUCCAAGUAGAAUAUGCUCAGGAAGCAGUUAAGAAAGGAUCUACAGCUGUUGGUGUUCGUGGGAAGGACAUUGUUGUACUUGGAGUUGAGAAGAAAUCUGUAGCCAAGCUCCAAGAAGAAAGAACAGUUAGGAAAAUUUGUGUUUUAGAUGACCAUGUGUGCAUGGCAUUUGCAGGUUUGACAGCUGAUGCUCGUAUAUUGAUCAAUCGAGCACGUGUAGAAUGUCAGAGCCAUCGGUUGAAUGUUGAGGACCCGGUAACAGUUGAAUACAUUACACGCUACAUUGCACAAACAAAACAGCGGUACACCCAAAGCAAUGGUAGACGACCAUUUGGACUGUCGGCGUUGAUUAUUGGUUUUGAUUAUGAUGGCACACCAAGACUUUACCAAACAGAUCCAGCCGGAAUCUACCAUGCAUGGAAGGCUAAUGCUGUAGGAAGAAGUGCGAAGACUGUACGAGAAUUUCUUGAGAAGCAUUAUUCUGACGAGGUGGUAUCAGUCGAAAGAGACACCAUUAAGCUGGCAGUGAAAGCACUCUUAGAAGUAGUUCAAUCAGGAGCAAAAAAUAUUGAGUUGGCUGUCCUAAGAAGAGACAAACCUAUGGAAAUGCUAGAGACAUCCGAAAUCGAAAAGUAUGUCACCGAAAUUGAGAAGGAAAAGGAAGAAGAGGCCGAAAAGAAAAAGCAAAAGAAAGGAGGCCAAAGUCAAUAGAACUUUAGAUCUGAUUUUAUAAUUUGUAUUGUAAGACACACCGUGGUAAAGUUAUUUUUUGUGAUCAACUGUAAAGGCCUUGCAGCUAAUUUUAAAUGUUGGUCCUGCUGCCAAGAUGAAAAGUUUCUUUAAGAAGUGACUACAUAUUUAAAUUGCUGUUUAUAAAAUGCUGGAAAUUCCAGGUUACUCAGGACUCUGGUUUGACACACCGUUUCUUACUACAUACUACUCUUAGCAGUAAAGCUAUUCUUUGUAUACGACAUGAAAUUAUUGUGAAAGUGUAAAGUAUUAUGUUAAUCCCUGCAUUGAAAAAAACAACACACACAUCUAGUGUCUGACUGGCAUUUGUGUGUACUUGAUUUUUCUCAUUAAAAUGAGUAUAAGAUGAUGUGAAGGAUAAUUUGUAUUCAUUUUACUCAAAAUGUAGGCAUCCCAAGUCUCCGAAAAAUCACCACUGUUUUCCACUCUUGUGAGCAAGCAAUCACCUUGAAACUAACCCAUUUCUGCAAAUUCCGGGAAAAAUUAAUGUUUUCAUGGUUUUCCUCACUGCCACCAAGAGGGGCAGGGGGAAGGUCCCCGGGGACUAAGCUUACCAAGGGGUUCAUAGAAAUUGCAUGUAGCAUUUUUUUCAAUUAUCAUGGGUCCCAUAAUAAUGGACCCUCCAGAUUGACAGGGCCCCCCAAAAACUUGUUCGUGCCUUCUGCGUAGUAUUUUCUCGCACUUCAUGCUCGUAGCUGGGGGCCCACACCAACCCUUGCUCCAGUUACAGUAUCUUUUCUUGGCUGCCCUGGUUUUACUGCUGGUGUUAUUGUCAUAGUCAGCUGACCAUGGCUAUAACCAAGCGCCGCAAAAUACAAUAAGAUAGUUAUGUUUCCCUUAUUUGGGACGCUGUAAAUGACAAUUUAUAAAUUUAUACCACAAUAAUGACGUGUCUGAUUUAAUGAGAUUGAAAUAUGUCAGUUGUUUAUUGAUAUACAGACAUAUCACUACAGAAACAAUUUGGUAUUAACCCAUGAGUGUUUUUACAGGGAAAUAAAGUAUAAGGUUUUAUCCCCACUAAAAUUGUAAUUGUUUCAUUAGGGAAGUUAAAUGUCAACCAUAAGUCUAGUAAAUUGGCCUAAAUUUAAAAGACCCCUGUAAAUUUGAGUUCAACAGUGGCAUAA